CUCCGGGUGACGUCAUUACACCAUAAGUUUCGGCAUUGUGUCAAGCGGCAUGACGUCAUUCGACGCCUAUCCGCUGUGGGAAUUCUACUCUCGGCAGCGCAGCGAUGGAGGCUAUUCUAAAUGACUUCAUAUCGGCCGAGGAUCUCAUGAAGUUUGAGAAGAAGUAUAAUGCAGAGAUGGCGAAGGGGCCGCUAUCGCCCGCCACGCAGUUCGAGUAUUCGUGGUGCCUCGUACGCUCCCGGCACAGCGAAGACGUGAAGCGCGGAGUGCGACUUCUAGAGGAUUUGUGCCACAACGCUAAGGGAGAUGAGCUUCGGGAUUACCUCUUCUACAUCUCUAUCGGCUACUACCGGCUCAAGGACUACGAGAAGGCGCUGAAGUUCGUGAAGACGCUCCUGCGCAAGGAGCCCACGAAUCAGCAGGCGCUGCAGCUUGAGAAGCUCAUCAACAAGGCCAUGCAGAAAGACGGCCUGGUGGGCAUGGCGAUCGUGGGCGGGGUUGUGGUCGGCCUUGCCGGCCUUGCGGCGCUCGCCAUUCACAAGGGCACGCGUUGAUCGUCACGGCGACGGGCCCCGACCUUACCCACAGUGCACUGCGCCCCUCCCCCCCCCGUCUCAUCCCCGUAGACCUUCCUAAAUAAUUUUUUGCCCUACCGGCGCUUUUACCGAUUUGCCAAAUAAAUUCCACGCUCUGCCAAGCCCCUCGUGCUUUCUCCCAAACACAUUCUACACUCUCAAGCCUUUCCACUCUCAACCCUCUCCACACGCACACACACACACAUUCUCCUCCUCCACACACACAAUCUCCACCCUCUCCACACACACAAUCUCAA